UACGUCAAAAUACAAGUGACGUUUGGAUAGAAAUUAGAAUAUUUUUGUUUACUUGCCAAAAGUUAUAUUUUGGUCCGUCUGAAUAAUUCAUUCAGCAAAACUAACCAGUGUGUACGCAGAUAUAAUAGUAAAAUAUUUAAAAUGGACAUGCAAGUGCAAAAUUUCGACGGCCGUCAAGUGAGGUUUGACCGAGUUUGGAUAGAACAAAUUCUACUGCAAAUUUCUGAUGCCUUUGAGAUUCGUAUAGUAUGGGACGGCAAUGCGGCCCUGUUGACAACAGUGAUGGCAGUCGCUGGGGGUGUAAUGGGUGGGUACGCUGGAGGUAGAGUUGGUGCAGCGCUCGGAGCUGGUAUUGGAGGAGCUGCAGGAUUUGGAGUGUCAACUGUAGUCUCAUUAAGACAAAUAUGGGAGUCAGUGAAGGAGCGGUUGAACGAGCUGCUGUUUAUAGUAUUCAACUAUCUCCGAAGACUGGAUGCUGUGGACUACAUGAAUGCGUUCAGAAUCCUUAUGAGGUGCAUGGAGAGCAGGAGGGAGCUGGUCUUCACGAUCGUAGAGUUCAUCGCUGAGAAACUAAGCACACAAGUUAUGUCCAGUAUUCAUUACCAUCACUGAAUAUACUGAGUAAGUUUACUGUUCUGGUGCAAUGUUCCUCGAACAAACUAUACAACAUGUAACUUAAAUAACACACAUCCUGAAAAUAGUUUGU